AUAUAGACACACCAUCUCUCUUUUGUCCUUCAUAAAAAAUUAUAAUCAAGAUACUAAGGAUUCCAUACCACAUCUUAGCAAAAGAAAUGAAGUCCAUUCAAGCCUUAUUCCUUGUCUUCUCUCUUCUCCUGGUUGCUAACCUGAGCUAUGCAAGAAAAGAUUUAGGAGACUAUUGGAAGAAUAAGAUGAAUGAACAACCUAUGCCUGAAGCAAUUAAAAACCUUAUUCAAGUUCCAAAAGCAUUAGAUGAAGGAAAAGAAGAUCAUUCUUUUACUACCGACUUUGAUGUAAAUCCUAAUAUCAUAUUAUAUCACACCCAUGUGCAUCAAGAUGAGAAGCCUUUUCAACAUGCAGCAAGGAAAAUGGAGCCAUUGUUACCUAAAAGAGGUUGAAUUUAAACCUUCCAG